UCGUCCAGGACGUAUACGGUGGUAGGCAUUGUCAAAAUUAUAAUACAGAUUUAAUUCAGAGACACGCUGUAUUUCCUUCAUUUUUUUGAAGGAGCAAAGCUUUACUGUCGACUACCUAUUGUCCAAUGCAGAGCGCUGGAGCGGAGGAUGGAGGGGACCGAGCGGCGGAGGGCCGCGAGGAGUGUGGCUCACUGAAUGAGCCAGGAACGGAUCCGGAUGAGUCCCCCCAGCUUCACCCUGACCGCGGUGCUGCAGAUGACUCCUCACCUGCGUCCACCAGUACAAGGGAACUAGUGCAGGAAAACGCAGCUCAAGCUCCGUUAACGCUUCACCUCUCAAACCUGAACAUGUCAGACGACAUGGUGGAUCAGCGGACGCUGCCAGAGGGGGAAGAGGAGGAAGAGCAGGACGACAACGAGUUAAUUGUUCUCGACCCUGAACAUCCCCUGGUCAGAAUGCAACAAGCUGCUCUGAGCAGCCUGCUCAGCAAGCAGCUGGAAAGGAUCAACCUGAGACUCGAGGAGAAGCUGGCCAUAGAGAAGGAAGAUGCCAACCACUUACAGGAGAUAGAUGUUGAGAUGUUCAGGGUUCAGAAGCAACUGGCCAGACUCCAGACCAGACUGCAUGACCAUCAUCACACCAAGGCACAGGCUAAAGCCAAACAUCAACAGGCACAAGAUCAGCUGAAGACAAUGAAGGGCCGGUGUGCCAGGACAACCAGCCAAAACGCCAAAGCCAAAGCCAAUGUGUCCCAGUUACAGGCGGAGAUGGAGGACCAGAUGCUGCAUCUCACCUUCACACAAAGAGUCAGCGAAGAUCUGCGCUCAAAUGUCAAAGUCUUGAAGAAUGCCAGAAGCAAAGCAAGAGCUGAGAAGAACCAGGCCGAAGAUCAGAAAUUUAAGCAGGAUUUGUAUGUGGAGCGUCUGACGAAGGACUUGGAGGGGCUGACCCAGCAGAUAGGCAUGUACGAGGUGCAGACCGUUGCCCAAGCUGAGGAGACAAAGGCAGCCCGAGAGGCUCACUCUGAGGCUGAGAUGGAAAUGGAGUCCCUGGUUAUGGCCCGUAAACAGCUGUUGCAGCAGUGGAGCAGCAGCCUGGUGGGCAUGAGGAGACAAGAUGAGGCCUUCAGCGCGAUGCAAGAGGCCGUGCGCACCGUGGAGCCCCAGGUGAUUUUGCUGGACAGAGAGAUUGAAGGUUACAAGAGAUCCAUCGCCGAAGAGCAGGAGCAGAAUGCGACACUAACUGUGCAGCUAAACCGGUCCCAGAUGGACGGGGCCACGUCCAAAAAGCUGAUCAGUCAGAUGCAGGCCAAGCAAGAGGCUCUCCAGGCCCACUACAGUACCUGCGUCCGCACUCUGAGGGAGACAGAGAGCAACCUCGCCAGGCUCUCCGAGGACCUCAGCGGCCACCAUGUUGAAGUAAAUGAUCAGAGGAAGCAGUUGGAGAAAGAGAGUGAUUUGCGUCUGGAGUUGGAGGACAGCAUCAUUACCUACAUCCAGCAGAAGCCCACCCACAACAUGGCAGCCAAGUACUCCAAGCAGCUCACCGCCAGUAUAGCCACCCUCAGGAGACAGAAGCUCUCUCAGUUGCGGCAGUUGGAGAAUAAGGUUGCGGCGGUGGGACUCGAGAGCAGCGAGGUCAGCCAACAUCUGGAUAGCCUGACCCUCAUCCAGAGCGCCCUCGACGAGGAGGUCGCAAAGCACAACAAGUUACUGACAUCCUACCAGACUAAGUCGUCUUCCUCUGGUAAACUCAUCGAUCAGAAGCACGCUGUCAUCUUCGAGUGUGAGGAAAAGAUUAAAGAAAUUGCAGCCAGAACCGGGAGUGAAGACAUGAGUCCCUUGGAAAUCAAGAUUGAAGAUUUAAGGGCUCAGAUCCAGGAGCUGGCAACGAAUAUCAAGGGUGACCAGCAGCUCUGGAUGAAACGGCAGAGGACUCUAGUGGGACUGAGCCAGGAGAUAGACGCCAACAGCAAGAACAUGCUCAAACUGCAGAUCGAGUUCACUUCCAAGCAGGAGUUGAAAAUGUGCUUGGAAAGUAAGAUUAAAGUAGAGCACCGUGAGGAGAUGGAGCUGGAUAAGAAUGUGAAGAUACUGAAACGAGACCUGCUGAAGCUCAACGCCCUGCUGAGCAAGAACGGAGAGCUCAGCCAGGAGCUGGAGCAGAAGCACGCGUCGAUGGAGUCUGACUUCCUCCACAGACUAAAGGAGGCAGAGCGAGAGGCCAUCAACCUGCAUGUGAAACACGAGAACACCCAGGAGGAUAAAGAGAGACUCCUCAAAAGUCUUGUGGAGGCUGAGCGGCAGAUCGUGCUGUGGGAGAAGAAGACCCAGGAUAUGAAGGAGAUUCGUUCAGUCGUGGACUCUAAGGUGGUCCAGGGAGACAUUCAGAUGAUGAAGGCUGAGAUACACCGUAUGGAGGUGCGACUCAACCAGCUGAUGAAGCAGCAGAAUCGACUGGUGAGAGAGAGUGUAGCAACCGUAGAGCGCAGGGAGACCAUCGUCCGGCGCAAAGAGUCCCUCGAGCACAGCUCCCACAGACAAACUACCAAGGACAAGUCAACCCUCAUCACACAGCGCCAGCAGCGCAAGAUCCAGGCCACACACAAGCAAGUUGUAAAGUGUGAGGAGGAGUUCAGGAAGCUGCAGAAGGACCAGGAGAGUCUGAGCAACAUGCUCACACAGCAGAAGCAGCUGCUGUCAGAGCUCUGUGGUACCAGUUACAGCCUGGAUUCUGACAUUGGAAAUCUCCAGGACACUAAAGACAGGAACUUUGCCCACCUAGUGGCUCUACAGAGCCGCAACAAGAAGCUUCAGGGCGUGUGCGCGGGCAGCUACAGAGCCGCGUCUACCAGGGAAUCGGUUGGCGGCGCUCUGCAGAGCCAGAUGGAGCGCGUGCACGCUGUCAGCACCAUCUUGUACAAAGUGUGCGAGGAGUUCCCCCAGCACCACGAGGCGCUGCACAGGUUGUCGUUAACGCUGGAGGCGCGCGCACACCUCAUGCCAGGAGACCCCCCGAAGGGAGGAGGUGGGGGGGGAAAGAGUAUGUAAAGGUAUUUAAGAUAAGAGAGAAAGGUUUGAUAAGUUGACGACUACAGCUUGUUUUGUUUUAAUGGUUGCAUUUGUUUGUUCUUUGAAUGUCAUACAAUAAUAAUCAACUGUAAAACAAUGAUAUAAAAUAAAGACUUAAGUAACAGUAAAAUAAAAGUUGCUU